UCCUAAACCCUUUCCCUUGACCCCCUUUCUCUGCGUCUCGCGCCCCAACUCCUUGCCUUCUUCGUCGCUGCGUCGCCGGGAUCUUUCAGGAUGAGCCGAUCAGGGCAGCCACCGGAUCUCAAGAAGUACAUGGACAAGAAGCUUCAAAUCAAGCUGAAUGCAAAUAGGAUGGUUGUUGGGACCCUUCGUGGAUUUGAUCAGUUUAUGAAUCUGGUGGUUGACAACACUGUGGAGGUGAAUGGCAAUGAGAAGAUUGACAUAGGCAUGGUGGUUAUUAGAGGAAAUAGUGUUGUCACUGUUGAAGCUCUUGAACCCGUAGGCAAAUCUUAGUCAUUUUAGUUUCUCCUUUGAGAUUUACUCCUUGCUUUCCCUGCUAUUGUAUUAUGGAUAGUAGCUAUUACUAAGUGAUUGAUAUGGGAUUGAAUACUUAGGAAGUUAUGUUGAUUCUUCCCCCCUUUUUCCUUCUGAUUUGCUGCUCAUUUCAAGUGGUUGUAAGGCAAUGUAUGGAAUGCUAAUUGUGAUGUUCAUGUAAUACUUGUCUUAAAACCUUUGUGUAUGCUUGAAAUUUUUACC